CAAAAUAAAGCCACGUGUGCCGAGCGCUCGCACACAUUUAAAUCGGAUUGUCAAGAAUAAUAGCUCUCUAUUAGAAGCACAAGCAAGCGGCAUAUUAAUAAGCAGCGCAAUGGCAGAGCAGGAGGCACAACACGCCCUAGCCGUAAGCAGGAUGCACCAGUUCGUAAAAAGCGCUGAGCGAAUAAGACAAAUUGCCCUCAAAUUUGGUUUGCCAAAAAGUGCCGCUUCCGAAAUUCAUACCCUGUUGGAUCUGCCUGACGACAUCUUACUUAAAGUUUUGAAAGAUCUGAUGACGACCGAGUGCAUCAAGUUGACCAGGGAGGAAGCAGAAAUGAAUGUGCUGAUGGACCCAGCAUUGCGCCUUUAUCUUUCGCUUGGAAUAAAGGUCGUAGAUCUAACUGCGUACUUGUCCUUUUGUCCCAUCAGAUUGAAGUAUCAAUACUUAAAACAGGCCGUUCUUCGGAUUGUGAAAAUUUCUCCCAACAUUGAAGAGCUAUUGUCGCUAAGCAAAAUUCCAAAUUAUAACAGAAUUUACGAUACCGUCGUUGAUGAGGAGUUGUUGGAGGCGCUUGGCAAAUUGACUAAACUGAGAGUGCUCCAAAUAGACGAAUGGUGCUGCUUCGAAAUCAAAGACUUGUUUAAACUCUGCGACAAACUUCCCAAUCUGCAAUAUCUAAGAAUCACUUUACCUGACAGUUACGAUGAUUUCGUUUAUGAUGAAUAUGAAAUUCUUGACGAUCUGAAGAGGAGCCUGUCGAAACUGAGAGAGUUUGUUUUUUUCGCUAAAUACAACGGUUCUUUAAGAUACGCGUGCAUGAAGCAUCUGCCUAAUUUGAGAGUUAUUGAAGAAUUCGCGGAACUCUUCUGUUUUUCUGAUGACGACGAGUCUACAGAGCCAAAUUCCAUCCGUCCAGGAACUUCUGAUCUGCGACAUUUAUUUGAAAAUUUAAAUUAUGAAAUAUCUCUGGUCAAGGAUAUGCAUUUGAUUUAUCCUAAUAUCAAUCACCUCGAGUUAUUUUGGUACACAGAUGAUGAAUGGGAGAACUACGCUUCUCGACUGGAAGAACAAGUUUGGCCCUAUCUGCUGCAUUUCCCCCAACUUGAGAGCCUCAAUUUGGCCGAUUUCCCAGUUCAUAUUGCGCGCUGCUUCCUGGAAUCGUAUGGACUGAAUCUGCGUGCAUUGAGCAUCACGAAAGAUUUUGAUAACACUAGCGACGCUUUUUUAUCGUUUGACGAAAUUUUCACCGCAUGCCCCAAAUUAGAAAAGCUUACAUUUGGCAGGGAUAUCAAAGACCCAAAGCUCAUUAGCUUUUACGCUAAUCUUACCGAACUUGAGCUGCAGUUAACGCCGUACUGUGAAGAACGGAACGAAAUGCUGAAUAUCCUGCGAGUGCCCAAUUUGGAAAAGGUCACAUUGAGCUGUAAUGGAGCGAGUGUUAGAGACCUGGAAAGGUUAACCUCCCUCGUUGCUGAGAAACAAAUCCUUCAGAAGAUUCACACACUUGUUGUUCAGCUUGAAUACAACACUUUUGGUCUGCUCAACGACAUUGACCAUUUCAGAAAAAAUGUCGAGUUUCUUAAGUGCGCGGUCUCUUCCCUCACAACAUUGACAUGUGUCAAGUUUUAUUUAAAUGUUCGACGCAGCGAAUAUUCGACGAUGGCCAGGAGUCUCAGAGAAAACAAAAUAACCAAUGAAGAAAUUCCAGACGUGGCAGCCUUUUUUCAAGACAUUCACAUCUUGGACAGUAACUCGAACCCAGCCAGUUGGUUUGUUGACGAAGAACUCAUUCUAAUCCUUGACAGUUUCAAAACUAAUGAGAUUUUUGGAGGAAAAAUUAAGCUGUUAUACAACUUAUGAAAAUCUCAAUAACGAUUUCAACGGCCAUUCCCUUUUUAUAAUAUGUAAAAUACAUAU